GGGUGUGGACGCCAUUUCCACGUCGCGUCCUGCCCAGCGUCCUGCCCGCUCUGCCCUUCCGCUAAACCGCCUAUCAACGGCAAAGACCUCUCUAACGGGCGUAUGAAUAUUAGCAUCAACCCACACCGCAUCUUCCACGACACAAGCCUACCGGCAUCUUUCCCUUUGGCGGCCGGUCUUCCCGAGAGCUCCGCACCAUUGCCACUCGCACCAAAUCGCGAAAACGACCCGACCCAGCAUGUCAUCCGGUUUUCGCACAAAUACCUUCGACCCCAUCCUCAUAGCAGCGCAAAUAGUGGCACUACAGACCUCAUAUUACCUAUCGGCAUCACUAGUCAUAUUCUUCAUUGACCUGUUGACGGGGUCGCCAGUGUCGCUGGCCCAGAUAAUAUCGUGGACGGAGCUGCGGACGGACACGGUGGUGGGCUGGAGUUUGUUUUUGGCGUUUGUGAUAAAUGCGGGGAUAGGAUGUUACAGCCAACUCUUCCUAGUCCAACGCGCCAAACUAUGUCUGGACUUCUCGACAACGCUGCAUUUCCUGCACCUCGUCAUCACAUCACUCUACACAGGCUCCCUGCCACGGUCAUUUCUAUGGUGGCUCACCGUCAUUUGCACGCUGCUCAUCAUGGCGAUGGGCGGCGAGCACCUGUGCAUGCAGAAGGAGAUGGAGCCCAUUGCGAUCGCGGGGACGUUGAAGCGAGCGGGGAGCACGUACCCUGGCGGGCCGGGGCCGAGUGGGAAUACGGCGGAUAGCAUUGAGCUGCAGAGAUUGAAUGAUUUGGAGGAGGGUGUUGCAUGACAGGGAUAGCAGCACGCAUUGGUACCUUAGUGCUUCCGCAUGCACACCAACCUGAUACCGAACCAUGUAAAUAUACCAAGUUACGGCACCUGCGCAUAUGAGGCAAAGUUUCCGCUGGUCAUUUGUAUAUAUUCAGACUAUCAAAAAAGGAGACGAGGGUGUUCGAAACGUGGAGGAGA